AUGGCCCAGAAUCUCAAGCGGUCGUACCUGCAUGGCUGCGACCUCUACCUACUAUUAAACAUUGUCUUCUUGUCAAGGCGGCUUGCCUCUCUCAAGAAGACCAGGAUGGAUAUCCUGGCCCGUGCCCGGUCGCAUGGCGAACGACGCGCAUUUGCAAAGGAGACUUGCGGACGGAUGGCCGCCCGGCUUGGUCGACAGCUCGUUCGCUUGACCUUUACGGAGGCGGUCGCUGCUGCUGAUAAACGCACGGCUAUCGAGGCGCUAUUCAAGCCUGCCAACGAGGUGCUGUACGUGUUCUGCAACUUACUCGACGACGACUGGCUACGCUGCCAGCACCUCUUCUACAACGCCGCGCGUGGAAUAUCGUCAAAAAUUGAGUUGUCCUAUGGCCUGCCGCUUCAUCCGAGAGGCCGAAAGCAUAGGCAAUUUGUCCACUUUUGA